GGAGGCUGGAAUUGAGUAGCGUCCCCUGGAUCUGCGGCUUUCAUGACGUCUCGCUGCGUGGUCCAGCACUUUUCCUCCAGCCGCGGGGUUUUUUUCCGCCCCUCUUGCCUUUCCCCUCUUCCCUCCACCCGGGCUCCCUCCCCCGCCUCUGCCCAGGCGCACACCCCCGCCCCGCCCCUGGCCCCCGCGCUCAGCCCCGCUCUCCGCUCGCGGCCGGAGGGAGCCAGCGAGCCGGCCGCACCUGGCCGGAGAGGGCGGGCGGCGGGCGGCGGGCGGGAUCCGCGGGACCCGGGAAGCCAGACCCAGAGCCGGAUGCACCGCGAGGAGGAUGGAGUCUCUUGACAGCCUCCGGGGGCUGCUGUGACCUUUGACCAUCUGAUUCCAGAUUUUUUUCCUGCUCUUCUUUUUAUUUCCUCCCUUCGCCAUCCAUCCAUCGUGCAGUCAAUGACUGACUCUCGCUCCGUUCCGAGAGAGGAGACCAUGAUUGAGUGAAACCACCCUGUCUGCAACCAGGAAAAGCACAAAGAAGUACCUGCAGCAAUGGCCAAGCUGACAGAAUCCAUGACUAACGUCCUGGAGGGCGACUCCAUGGAUCAGGACGUGGAGAGCCCCGUGGCCAUUCACCAGCCAAAGUUGCCUAAGCAGGCCAGGGACGACCUGCCGAGACACAUCUGCCGAGACCGGACCAAAAGGAAAAUCCAGAGGUACGUGCGGAAGGACGGGAAGUGCAACGUGCACCAUGGCAACGUGAGGGAGACCUACCGCUACCUGACCGACAUCUUCACCACCUUAGUCGACCUCAAGUGGAGGUUCAACCUGCUGAUCUUCGUCAUGGUUUACACAGUCACGUGGCUCUUUUUUGGGAUGAUCUGGUGGCUAAUAGCCUAUAUCCGAGGAGAUAUGGACCACAUAGAGGACCCGUCGUGGACUCCCUGCGUCACCAACCUCAACGGGUUCGUCUCUGCUUUUUUAUUCUCAAUAGAGACAGAAACCACCAUCGGUUAUGGCUACCGGGUCAUCACGGACAAGUGCCCGGAGGGGAUCAUUCUCCUCUUAGUCCAGUCGGUGUUGGGGUCCAUUGUCAAUGCAUUCAUGGUGGGGUGCAUGUUUGUCAAAAUAUCGCAACCCAAGAAGAGGGCAGAGACCCUGGUGUUUUCCACCCACGCGGUGAUCUCCAUGCGGGAUGGGAAGCUGUGCCUGAUGUUUCGCGUCGGGGACCUCAGGAAUUCCCACAUCGUGGAGGCCUCCAUCCGAGCCAAGCUGAUCAAAUCCAAACAGACCUCAGAGGGGGAGUUCAUCCCCUUGAACCAGACGGACAUCAACGUCGGGUAUUACACCGGGGACGACCGGCUGUUCCUGGUGUCGCCUCUCAUCAUCAGUCACGAAAUCAACCAACAGAGUCCUUUCUGGGAAAUCUCCAAAGCCCAGCUGCCCAAAGAGGAGCUGGAGAUCGUGGUCAUCCUGGAAGGGAUGGUGGAAGCCACAGGGAUGACGUGCCAAGCUCGGAGCUCCUACGUCACCAGCGAGAUCCUGUGGGGCUACCGGUUCACCCCGGUCCUGACACUGGAGGACGGGUUCUACGAAGUCGACUACAACAGCUUCCACGAGACCUAUGAGACCAGCACCCCCUCCCUCAGUGCCAAAGAGCUGGCUGAGCUGGCCAGCAGGGCAGAGCUGCCCCUCAGCUGGUCUGUGUCCAGCAAACUCAACCAACAUGCGGAACUGGAGACCGAAGAGGAAGAAAAGAACCUCGAGGAGCAAACAGAAAGGAAUGGUGAUGUGGCCAACCUCGAGAACGAGUCCAAAGUGUAGUCCCCCGGCCGGGCCUCUCCUCCCCAACCUUUCCCCAGGCCAGCCGCCCCUUCUCCUGUCCCCACAACCUGUCCCCUGGCCAGGCCACCCCUUCCCCUGUCCCCCCAACCUCUCCUUGUCUCUCAUCCUCCUGCUUUCUGCCUCUCUUACUUUGUUCUUUCUUUAUUUGUAUUUAAUGUUGGCAUUACCAGAAAACAAAUCUUCAAGGUGUAAAAUCUCUGCCUGCCCUCCCUCAGUUACUCCGAUUGCAGAGGUAGACACAGAUC